AUGUCGUCAAAUAGUCUAGAAGCUAAGGUUUGUGUACUCGGAGCACAAGGGGCUGGGAAAACAUCGCUUCUUCAUCGGUAUGUCAAGGGAACCUUCAAUCCGCCUGCAACGGCCUCUACCAUAGGCGCUUCGUUUCUCGUAAAGAAGGUCCUUGAUGUGGAGAGUGACACCACUGUUCGCCUCCAGCUUUGGGACACGGCCGGUCAAGAACGUUUUCGAGCCAUCUCAAGACUCUACUACCGCGGUGCGAGCGCAAUCCUGCUCGUGUAUAGCUUGAUCGAUGAAGAGAGUUUCAAAGAGAUGGGACGAUGGCUCAGAGAGAUGAAAGAGAAUGUGGGCGAGGGAGCGAUUAUCCAUGUGGUUGGAACCAAGAGCGACAUCGUUGCACAAGAUCCAGGAGCAAGGGCAGUCAAUUUCGAACGAUGCAUCGCUUUUGUGACGGAGAACCUCUACCCUGAAAAGUUCAAUGAGCCGGUCGUUGGCAGUGCAAGCAGUGGAUUCAGGAGUCUAGACGGUAACAGCAAAAGAAGCAGUGGUUUCUGGGGUAACGAGAUCGGAUGGGAUUGUUGCCAUGAAAUCAGCUCUAGUUCGGGGGAGGGCAUCGAGGAAGUCUUUCGAGUUAUCACGCGGAAGCUGGUAGAGCAAAAACAAAAACGGCUCGAAGCGGACAUGGCAGGGCAACUUAAUGGCACCAUGGAUGCCGGCAGAAAAUCGAGCGGUAAUCUGGACGGCAAUGGCAUGGAUCGUCAUGGUGGAUUCCGUGUAGGCUAUGGUGAUAAAAGGAGAAGCUGGCUAGGCCUUCCAGCCCCGAACAUCGGCAUUGGCGAGAGCAGCAUUGAUCCUUCAGCCCAACGUUCUAAGACUCGGCGAAAGGGCUGCUGUUGA